AUCAGAAUACAGUUUUUUUUUCAUUGUCGUCAUAGUAAUUUAAACUACAAAGGAAGGCACACACAUAGAUAUGUUUAUCUAUUACUUUUACUGGUUUUUUAUUAUUGAGUUUGCAUUCAUUUGUUGUCAGGACCUCAGUCCAACUGUGACACUUGAAGAUGGACAAGUGAGAGGAACCGUAAACCGCACUGUGGGAUUGGGAAAAACUUAUUAUGCAUAUAGAGGUAUACCAUUUGCUAAAAAACCCAUCGACAACUUAAGAUUUGCAUCGCCAGUUAAAAAUGAUGCAUGGAAUGGUGUACUCAAUGCGACUUACGAUAAGGACGAAUGUACUCAACUUAAUGUUUUUAGCAAUCUUAGUAAAGAGUCAGAUGUAACAGGAUCAGAAGAUUGCUUGUACAUUAACGUAUACACUACUAAACUCAACGCCACUCUUCCUGUUAUGGUUUGGAUAUAUGGUGGUGGAUUUAUUGGUGGAUCAUCAGCUUACCGAAACGGGGGACCUGAUUAUCUCCUUGACGAAGACAUAAUUUUUGUCUCAUUUAAUUACAGGCUGGGUGUAUUUGGAUUUCUAAGUACUGAAGACAACGCAGCAACAGGAAAUUGGGGAUUAAAAGACCAGCUACUAGCGCUUAAAUGGGUUCAAACCAAUAUUAAACGCUUUGGUGGAGAUUCAAAUAAAGUAACAAUAUUUGGAGAGAGUGCUGGAGCUGCAUCUGUAUCAUAUAUUGUAGAUAGCAAGUUAUCAAAAGGGCUAUUUGCAGGUGCUAUAAUGCAAAGUGGGACAAGUUUGUGUUUAUGGGCUUUGAGUAGAGAUGCCAGAAAGAAAGCAUUUGAUGUUGGAAAAAAACUCAAUAUAAAAACUACUAAUAGCACAAAGAAUCUGAUUGAUAGUCUUCGGAAAGUGGACUAUAGAAAAUUAAAAGUAGCCGAAAAUAAUGUCACGUUAUCAUAUAUUCCAGAUAUUUUUUCCGGACUUCCUUUCGGUGUUGUUCAAGAACCUGACCAUGAGAAUGCAAUACUCAGUGAUCGUUCCUAUAAGCUGUUAUCUACUGGCGAUUUUAAUCGAGUCCCAUUGAUAAUAGGAUACAAUUCGCUUGAAAUUAAAGGAAUACCGAGCGAUCUUUCUUUACCAUCCCUACUUCUAAGCCAGAUUAUACUAAGCGUUCCUAAGUUAGCACCGUAUGAUUUAACUGGCAACCUUUUGCUUAGAUUUUUAGCUGGAAAAAUUAUUAGAGUACAUUAUUUCGGACUUGAUUUGGUAAUUGACCCGCAUUCAACACAGGUCUCUAAGUUUUUGAGUGUGGAUCAGUUCAGCAGGCCAAUUAGAAAAACUGUUGAACUUAUGUCAAAAUAUACUAACGUCUUCUACUACAAGCUUUCUUAUGAGGGAAAGUUAGGGAACCCAAAUAGAACAUCGCCAGGUGUGGGGCAUGCUGAAGAUAUAAAUUAUCUUUUUUACUUGGGUAAUAUUACUGUAUCACCAGAAGAUGCUUUAACCAGGAAAAGACUAGUUACACUAUGGACUAAUUUUGCAAAAUUCGGAAAUCCCACGCCAAUAAGUACAUCUGAUGUUCUUCAAAAUACAACAUGGAUUCCUAACACAAAACUUAAUCAAACAAACGUAUAUUAUUUAAACAUAAACAAAACUCUAAGUAACGAAAUAAAUCCCGAUCAAGCAGAUUGGAACUUCUAUUCUCAAAUUAUUUAUGGCGUUUUUGGAAAUGAAUCAUAUUAUACUACUUACUGAAAUGUAUACAAAAUAUAUUUAUAUUCCCAAUAUCCAAUAUCCAUAUUUUAAAUAAAAACCAGCACAACAAAAUA